CAGUGUCUGUCUGCUGUUCUGUCUCUCUCUCUCUGUUUCAUUGCGCUCUUCAGGUUUCUGUCCUCACUGGGUCUCCGUAGAGUGCUCGCCUCUGAUUGGUCAAUUCUCGGUCCAUUCACACAAUACAAUCGUUGUGAGGACGUCUAUCUGAUCACAGUCAAGAUGAGUCUGAGAAAGCAAACCCCGAGCGACUUCCUGAAGCAGAUCAUUGGGAGACCUGUGGUGGUCAAACUGAACUCUGGUGUAGAUUACAGAGGUGUCCUGGCCUGCCUGGAUGGGUACAUGAACAUUGCCAUAGAGCAGACUGAGGAGUAUGUCAAUGGGCAGCUCAAGAACAAGUAUGGAGAUGCUUUUCUAAGAGGAAACAAUGUCCUUUACAUCAGCACCCAGAAGAGGAAAGCGUAGUGAAGACCAUUCAGUUUUUCAUUUCCCAGUGUUUGAUGUGCCAGUGGACAACUUGUCCUGUGUUUUUGGUUCUGUAAAGCCCGAAAGUCCUGAAGAAUGUUUGUUUUUGUAAAAGUGGAAUAAGUUAAUAAAUCCUGAGUUUUGAUUUAUCUCUGA